CUCUGUACAAAUGGCCUCCAUGCGCACAAAUAUGCUUGUCCACUUAAUGACAGACAUCUGGCUCACGCAGGCCAGUCCAUCUAUCGCGCUCUAAAUUGCAGCCUCCACAGGCUCCUUAUCUUUCUCUAGGUCUAUGUUGGGCUCCUUAAUGCUUGCCAGCAACUCAGGACAAUCCAGUUUGUUCAAGUACAGCAGCUACCUAGUCCACUCUAGCCAUAGGGCCGCUUUGUCCUUCUCCCUGUCUUCGAUUGUUGUCUUUGCUCAGUCCUCAACGUUGGCCCACGUCUUGGCCAUCUCCUCGCCUACGCGCGCCCACGCUGCCUCGCCCUCUGUAGGGACAGGUUGCGGACUGCUGUCUAGGUUGUGACGCACCUUAAAGUACUGUGAUCUGUGCCAGCUGCCGAAAAGUUGCUGGCAGUGUAC